UGAUGAUGAUAAUAUAUUAAUAAUCAUAUGCUCAGCAUUAUAUAAAUUAAUUUUCAUAUAUUUAUAUUUAUAUACAAAAGAAGAAAAAUAAUCAUCUAGUCAGUAACUGUCUUAUUCUUACCUGCCUUUCAAAACCCAUCCAUUAAUGGUGCCCAACUUGUAACUUGCACAUAAUUUUCUGCUCAUCUCUCUGUCUAAGAAAUGGGUUUCUCUGUAAGAAGAUUUAGCAGCAGAAAGAAUAAAGAGUCUUUGCUAAACAAGAAAUUGCAUGAUUUGGAGAAACUUUUGAGUACUCUCAGGGAAAAAGAGAAAACUCAGCUUCAACUCAAAGAAGAACCCAAAAAGGUGGUGAGUAAAAAGAGAAAAGAGGAAGAAGAGACUGAGGAAGCAUCAUGGUCAUCAAUACUCGACAUAAACUUAGAAGAAGAAGAUCCAUACAAAGAAUUGGAGGUCAUAAUACAGAACAAGCAACAACCAAUUUUCAAGCUACCUUCAUCACUCAAAAUGGGAAAUGUGAAAGCUUAUGAGCCGCAGGUGGUGUCAAUUGGUCCAUAUCACAAUGGUAAACCACACUUGAUCAAAAUGGAAAUUCACAAGAAGAGAGCACUGGUUCAUUUCAUCAAGAGAUCCGGCGUUCCGCUCGAAACGUAUAUCAAUGAGCUGAUGAAAGUUGUCGAUGAACUUAAGUCGUCGUACGCCCAACUGGACAAAGAAUGGAUUGAUGAUGACAAGAAGUUUAUUGAGCUCAUGAUUGUUGAUGGGUGCUUUCUUCUUGAGUUCUUGGCUGUUGGGACUAAGGUUUCUAUUGAUGAUUACGCUCGUAGUGAUCCGAUGUUUAGCUUUCAUGGGAAGACGGUGAACUAUGAUUCUGCGAUCAAAGACUUGCUGACAGUGGAGAACCAAUUGCCGUAUCUUGUUCUUACCACGUUGUUGUCUGUCGCGCGCCCACAAGAGGAUGCGCAUGAGACUAUAUCUCAUAUGAUGUUGUGCCACAAUGAAGGUCCUCGCCGGCACAUUCUAGACCGUUAUGCGGAGAGGGUACUUGAGGCGCCAGAUUUGGAAAUAGGAAUGAAAUUGCCGACUGGGUUCUCAGCGUCCGAGCUUUACUACCAAUUUGGCAUUCGAUUCAAAAAGGUUAGUGGAUACAGGAGUAUCAGGUUCGACUACAAACAAGCAGUUCUCCUCCUUCCUCCCAUCAUGAUUCAUGAUGACCAUCAGAACCCAUUUCUCAACAUGAGAGCAUUCGAGGUUUGGGUGAGCAAAGAUUUGAAAUUUCAUUCUUUCAUUUACCUUAUCAAAACUCUUGUCAAAUCGGUUAAGGAUGUUAAAUUGCUUAGAUACCAAGGGAUCAUAGUCGGUCCGCUGGACGAAACGGCUGUUCUUAAAUCGAUUCAAGUGUUUACAAAAGAUAUAGGAAUGUUCAAUGUCGAUUCGGAACCUAUUGUAGCUCUGCAAGAUAUGAAUGAGUACUGCAAUCAAGGGACUGUUAUGGUUUGGAGAAUGUGCAGGAUUUGGAUUACAAAUCUGUAUGAGAAUUAUUUUAGUAAUCCAUGGACUAUUAUCUCGCUAGUCGCAGCAGCUAUUCUUAUGGCCUUAACCGUGGUCCAGACUUACUACACGGUGAUCUCCUACAAAUCAAGUAAUUAAGAAUGAUAAAGAUGGGUUUGCAUUCUUCUCCAAGAAUCAAUUCCUACUCGGUGCAAUGCUGCGCUAUAGAGGAAUUCAGCUAAACCAUAAGGUGUGCUCUUUGUGCGAAGCUGAAGUAGAAACGAAAUCACACCUUCAUUGUAAGUAAACUUUCAAGAUUUGGUCUUUAUUUGUAAAUGCAUUGAGAGGUUAAGUCGGUGAGUGCGGAGUCAAUAGCUUUGCAACUGGAAGCGUGGAACACUAGAGGUCUGAAUAAGGCCAGCCAUGAAGGGUGCAUUCUAAUCUCUUAUGUGGUGAUGUGGGAGGCUUGGAAUGAAGAAAUUUGAGAAUUCAUGAUGGGAGGAAGAAAUCUUUCGAAGAACUUUAAUGAUGAUUGUAUAGCAUACUUUUAUUCUUUGGUGUUCUUUGAGGCGAUAUUUUUAAUCCCUAUUCCAUCUCUCAAAUGUCAUGUCAAUGGGAGGAGAUAGUUAAUCUGUAAAUCUUCUUUGUGAAUCCGAUAUAUUUUGGGGCAAGAUUUGACAUUUCAGAUAUGAAUUCAGACGGA